AACGAGUACUUGUAAUCUAAGAAUCUUAGCAGUUAUUCUCCGACACUUCGGCAAUGGACAAUUCCCAAAUGACGAUUGACAAAAUGGAAUUCGAUGUUUUCGAGGAAGUAAUUGUCGAAAGUCUUCAAGUGAAGCAGUGGAGACGAACCAAACGUGAAGUAGCUCCAAACAUGGAUUUGGUCAAGAAAAUCGAGGCCUUUCAGGAAGGUGACACUGUACUGGUUUCUUACCAAAAUUCUUGGUAUCCGGCUAGAAUAUUGAAAGUCAGAAGUCUUCAUAAAGACGGAUUCAGGGUUCAUUAUCUUGGUUACAAAAAGCGGUGGGAUGAAUGGGUCCAAUCAAGCAUGAUAAUAAAGUAUACUGAACAAAAUUUUGAGAAGUACAAAGCUCAAGGAAAAUUUAAACCCAUGUAUGUCAAGAGAUUCGUGAGUCAGAUGCCAGAGAAGAAACUACAAAAGCAAGAAACUCCUUCAUAUUCACAAAGUGAUACUGUAAAGCUGAAGGAAAUUUCACCAAAAAUUGGGGACGUAUUUCAAGAUGAAAUUAUGCAGGAUUCAGAGAGUAAGAUUGAACCCCACGAGCAAGAAACACCUGCUUCACCACACAUUGACAAUACAAAGGUACAACAGGAUUCACCGAAAACAGGGGAAACAUACCAAGAAGGAAUGAAGCAGGAUUCAGAUAGUAAGACUGAAAUGCAAGAGCAAGAAACACCUGUUAGAAACACAGGGGAAACUUGUGAAGAAGGAAUCAAGGAGGAACCAGUUUAGAUUAUUGUUUUUAAUUGGUGAUUCGCCAACGUAAAAUACAUUAUGCAUUUCUUUCAAGAAUCAAGAAGGAGCAAAGGAAAAUUAUAUUGUUAACAUAAAACUCAAGACUGUUGUAUCCCCUUCUUGUACCAUUUUUCGCCUCUGUGUACAUAAAAAUUCAAAUAAAGGACUUUUUUCUCAUAA